UCGAGAGUCGACUCUCUCUCUUUCGGGUCAACAAUUGCGGACGAUCAGGCGUAGCAGAUCCGGCGUUGCUUCGUCGGAGGGCGAUGGCGUCGACUUCCGUGCCCGCUGGCGCUCUUUUCCGGGGGGCUUCCUCCGCCUGCUGCAGUGGCGGAACCCUCCUUCUUCCAGCCGGAGGAGGCCUCCGGCUCCGCCCCCACCUCCGUUUCGCCGUGUCCCAGCCAUUCGACGGCCGACGCCGCCGCUCGGUGCUCCAAUUUCAAACUACUCGAUCGCAUCCGUUUAUGUUGACUCGGGUGGUAAGUAGAGAUGGUGAGGGAAACCAAAGCACGGAGGAGAUCAUUGUGGACGAGCAAACACUUCAACGGGAUCUAGAAUCAGCAAUUGAAGAUGAAGACUAUGCCCGUGCUGCUACGAUCAGGGAUCGCCUUCGUCUUCUCCACGAGGAUAGCAAAGCUGCUGUUUUGGCUGCGAAUGCCAGAUUCUACCGGGCUUUCAGGAAUGGCGAUCUUGCAUCUAUGCGGUCAAUAUGGUCUAAAGGGGAUCACGUAUAUGUGAUACAUCCUGGAGCAGGAAGGAUAUCUGGCCAUGACAUGGUGAUGGGAAGCUGGGAAAUCGUGUGCAACGCUGACUAUGACUUUCCUCUCCAAAUCGAUCUGAAGAAUGUCGAGGUGCAUGUUCGUGGAGAUGUCGGGUACGUUACAUGCAUGGAGGUCGUGAAGACGAAAGGAAGCAGCUGGGGAAAGCAGGUAGCGACGAACAUGUUUGAGAGGAUUGACGGGCAGUGGUUCAUCUGCAUUCACCAUGCUUCACACAUCGAUGACUGAAAUGUGUUCAUGCUUUCUUCCGUCUCUCUGCUUGUUUUGAGAGAUUUCAUGAACUUAACUUUGGUUAUUCCAUCUUGUACGCCCCAUAUCGACAUAGUUAACAGCACUUCAACAUAGUUACAAGAGUUCAUUCGUUGUCGAGUAGAAAGUCAAAACUUUAUUUUAUCUCGUUGUUAUCCCUAUUCAAUGUUGAGUUGACUUACUUGGGUACAGAAUGUAAAGAAUGUGAUUUCACCUAUUUCUGAGAAACAAUAAAUAUGGACUUGAUAUCU